CUUCUCUCUCUUCUUUGCCCAGAUUGGAUUCUAUUCGAAUUCUUCUGAUUCUUCCUUUCUUUUCGUUUCUUUCAUUUUUUGUCAUUUUCGCUGGUUUGUCCUUCGUUUUUGCACUGCAAAAGCACGUUCAGCCCCUGUAACAGACUUCCGAAUAUUCCUCCACGAAGAACCCUUUCUCAUCCACUUUUACACCGUUAAUUGCGACUUAAUCCCGUCAAGAUGGGUUGCGGAAUGAGUACCGAGGAUAAGGAGGGGAAGGCGCGGAACGAGGAGAUUGAGAACCAGCUCAAGCGCGACAAAAUGAUGCAAAGAAAUGAGAUCAAGAUGUUGCUCCUCGGAGCCGGAGAGUCGGGCAAGUCCACGAUCCUGAAGCAGAUGAAGCUUAUCCACGAGGGUGGAUACUCCCGCGACGAGCGUGAAUCAUUCAAGGAAAUCAUCUACAGCAACACCGUCCAGUCGAUGCGGGUCAUUCUCGAGGCCAUGGAAUCGCUCGAACUUCCCCUGGAGGAUGCGCGCCACGAGUACCACGUGCAGACCAUCUUCAUGCAGCCCGCUCAGAUCGAGGGUGACAGCAUCCCCCCCGAGGUUGGAAACGCCAUUGGCCAACUUUGGCGCGAUACUGGUGUUCAGGAGUGCUUCAAGCGCUCCCGCGAAUAUCAGCUGAACGACUCUGCCAAGUACUACUUCGAUUCUAUUGAGCGCAUUGCCCAGCCCGACUACCUCCCCACCGACCAGGAUGUCCUCCGUUCCCGUGUCAAGACUACCGGUAUCACCGAGACCACAUUCAUUAUUGGUGACCUUACAUACCGCAUGUUCGACGUUGGUGGUCAACGAUCCGAGCGCAAGAAGUGGAUUCACUGCUUCGAGAACGUCACCACCAUUCUGUUCCUCGUUGCCAUCUCUGAGUACGAUCAGCUGCUCUUCGAAGACGAGACUGUCAACCGUAUGCAAGAAGCCUUGACUCUGUUCGACUCUAUCUGCAACUCCCGAUGGUUCGUCAAGACCUCGAUCAUUCUCUUCCUCAACAAGAUCGAUCGCUUCAAGGAGAAGCUCCCCGUCAGCCCGAUGAAGAACUACUUCCCCGAUUAUGAGGGCGGUGCCGACUACGCCGCGGCUUGCGACUACAUCCUCAACCGAUUCGUUUCCCUGAACCAGGCCGAACAAAAGCAGAUCUACACGCACUUCACCUGCGCUACUGAUACCACCCAGAUUAGAUUCGUGAUGGCAGCAGUGAACGAUAUCAUCAUCCAAGAGAACCUCCGUCUCUGCGGUUUGAUCUAAUGAACCUAUCGUUUGGUGACGAAGUGUGUGGAACCUAGAUCGCAUGUUUUUAUUAACCGGGGCUGAUCGGAUCUGGUCGAAAAGCCUCGUUUCAAGAUCCCGGCGUUGAUUCUCUUUUGCGUUUCGUUUUUUUUUUU